GCGGCGGCGCGGGCCGGGCCGGGUGCGCGGCGCAACCUCCUGUGCUGGAAUGUGUGGCUGCCGUGAGCUCGCAGCCCAGCAGCAGAGCCAGCGCCGCCGAGGCCCCGGGACCCAGACCCCGGCGUCGGCGGCGGCCGGGACGGCCCCGCGAGGACCGGCGGCCUGAGCCCUCUCCCCGGCACCGCUCCUGGGCCUGUCCGGGCCUCUCCGGCCCCUGCGCCUAACUUUUCCCCCCUCCCCCCUUCCCCUCCCCCGAAACUCCAGCAACAAAGAAAAGUAGUCGGAGAAGGAGCGGCGCCUCGGGGCCGUCCGUGCGUGCUCGCGGAGGCCGGCCGAACACAGUAGUUAUGGCCACCCAGGUAAUGGGGCAGGCGUCUGGAGGAGGAGGGCUGUUCCCUGGCAGCGGCAACAUCGGCAUGGCCCUGUCUAACGACAUGUAUGACUUGCACGACCUCUCUAAAGCGGAACUAGCCGCCCCGCAGCUCAUCAUGCUGGCAAACGUGGCCCUCACUGGGGAAGUCAAUGGCAGCUGCUGUGAUUACCUGGUUGGCGAAGAAAGGCAGAUGGCCGAGUUGAUGCCUGUCGGGGAUAACAACUUCUCCGACAGUGAUGGGGAGGGACUGGAGGAGUCUCCUGAAAUAAAAGGUGAGCCCAGUGGACUGGGCAACGUGGAGCUUCAAAGUUUGGAACUCAGUGUGGUAGAACCGCAGCCUGUGUUUGAGGUGUCCGCCGCCCCAGAAGUUUACAGCGCAAGUAAAGAAGUCCCCCCGGAAGCACCUGGAGCAGAGGACAAGUGCAAGAACCUGAAGACCAAACCCUUCCGAUGUAAGCCGUGCCAGUAUGAAGCCGAAUCCGAGGAGCAGUUUGUGCAUCACAUCCGAGUUCAUAGUGCCAAGAAGUUUUUUGUGGAGGAGAGCGCAGAGAAGCAGGCAAAAGCAAGGGAGUCUGGCGCAUCCACAGGGGAAGAGGGGGAUUUCUCCAAGGGUCCCAUUCGCUGUGAUCGCUGUGGCUACAAUACCAAUCGAUACGAUCACUACACUGCUCACUUAAAACACCACACGAGAGCCGGGGAUAAUGAGCGAGUGUACAAGUGCAUCAUCUGCACCUACACCACAGUAAGCGAGUAUCACUGGAGGAAGCACUUGAGAAACCAUUUUCCAAGGAAAGUGUACACAUGUGGAAAAUGCAACUACUUUUCAGACAGAAAGAACAAUUAUGUUCAACAUGUUCGAACGCACACAGGAGAACGCCCAUAUAAAUGUGAACUGUGUCAUUAUUCAAGUUCUCAGAAGACUCAUCUAACUAGACAUAUGCGUACUCAUUCAGGUGAGAAGCCAUUUAAAUGUGAUCAGUGCAGUUAUGUGGCCUCUAAUCAGCAUGAAGUAACCCGCCAUGCGAGACAGGUUCACAAUGGCCCUAAACCUCUUAACUGCCCGCACUGUGACUACAAAACAGCAGAUAGAAGUAACUUCAAAAAACACGUAGAGCUGCAUGUGAAUCCACGGCAGUUCAACUGCCCUGUCUGCGACUAUGCAGCUUCCAAGAAGUGUAAUCUGCAGUAUCACUUCAAGUCCAAGCAUCCUACCUGUCCCAACAAAACAAUGGAUGUCUCAAAAGUCAAACUCAAGAAAACCAAAAAGCGGGAGGCCGACUUGCCCAGUAACAACAACGCCCCCAGUGAGAAGCCAGAAACGGAGCAGGCAAAAAUAAAAGGGGAUGUGGCUGGGAAGAAAAAUGAGAAGUCUUUAAAAGCGGAGAAGAGGGAUGUCUCAAAAGAGAAAAAACCUGGUCACGCCCCGACCCAAGUGACCACGAGAACGCGCAAGUCGGCCCUGGAAGCGAAAGAGCCGGAGCCGCCUCCCAGGAGUCACCCAGAGAAAAGCUGCAAAACCAAGAAAAGCAAAAGGAAGCUGGAAGCCGAAGCCCAGCCCUGCCCCGAGCCAGCGCCCGAGCAGGAACCGGCCGUGAAGAAGAAGAAGAAGGCCGAAAGCAAACCCAAAAACAGCCAGGAAGCGCCAAAGGCUGCCGGCAAGGUGGAGGAGACGAAAAAGCCGAAAAGGAGCGCGAAGAAGAAGCCGCUGAAGGGCAAAUCCGGUAGGAAGGGCAGCAAGCCCGCUCCCAAGGGGCCCGCUCAGAAGGAGGCGGCGGAGUGGGAGCCGGAGCCGGAGCCGGAGCCGGUCCCGGCCCCGGCCCCGAGGGAGCCGGAGCCGUCUGCGCCGGAGCCGCCCGCGCUGCCCGCGGCACCCUUGGCACCGGCGCCCGCACAGCCGCCCGCGGAGGCGCCCAUGGACGGAGGGCAGGAUGCGCCUGCCCAGAUGGAGCCGCCGCCGCCACCACCGUCCACCGAGCCCGUUCCCAGAAAGUCGCCUCGCAAGGAGAGUAGGAAGGAGAAGCCGAGCGAGCCGAGUCAGAUGCCCCGGAAGGAGCAGGUCCUGGGGGAGGUGGGCUUGGUACCGGUGAAGGAGAGCGCUGCGGCCCCCCCAGCGCCCGACGGGCCCCGCCGGGAAGCCGAGGUCCAGGUCGCGCGAGAGCAGGAAGCCGAGGCUGAGGCCCAGAUCGCGCGAGAGCAGGAAGCCAGGCCGGAGGGCGCGCAGGGUCAGGGCACGCCGGGCGAGGUGCAGCCUGCCGCCCCCGCUGAGCCCCAGCCCCAGCCCGCUGCACCGCCCUCGGCGGUGCCCCACGCCCCGGUGCCCGCUGACGACCCGGAAGUGGAUGCCGACAUGGAAGUGGACGCCGUCGAGAGUCAGGCCCAGAAUGACCCGGCCAGUACGGCCCCCGCCCCGGAACCCGGCUCGCCGCCGACCCCGCCCCUGGAGAACGGGGAUGGCGCGGCCAAGCGGGCGGCCGCACCCCCGCCCGCCGCCGCCACCACGGGCGCCACCGACGCCCAGGAAAUGGACGAGGACGAGGGCAUCCACAGCCACGACGGCAGCGACCUCAGCGACAACAUGUCCGAGGGCAGCGACGACUCGGGCUUGAACGGGGCGCGGCCCGUGCCGCCCGACGCGAGUGAGAAAAGCGCCCCCGACGACGACGCUGACGCCGCUGCCGCCGGGCCGGGCAAGGGGGGCGCCGCGGGAGCGUUUGUGUGCAUCUUCUGCGACCGGUCCUUCCGGAAGGAGAAGGAUUACAGCAAACACCUCAAUCGCCACCUGGUCAAUGUGUACUUCCUAGAGAAAGCAGCUAAAGGGCAGGAGUGAUUACACUGUGGACCAGGCUUCCGCUCUUCCUCUGUAAGACCUCUUACAUUUUGUAUUCAUUUACUGUAGUAGACGACAACCUUUGGAUUUUCUCUCUCUUUUUUUUUUUAAAUAUCGCUCUCAUUAGUGUU